AUGGAAGUUAUCCCGGUGUAUCCCAUAAUGACAAACUUGCUACCUAAAGCUUGUAUCAAGGACAUCCAGAAGCUGCAAAGAAAUUUCAUCUGGGGAGAUUCGGUUGAGAAGAAGCGGUAUCACGCAGUUAGUUGGGACAUUGUUACUAAGGCUAAAUGUAAUGGUGGGCUUGGUUUGAGAGACUUGAACUUGAUGAAUCAAUUUUGCAUCAUGAAACUAGGUUCUAAAAUUAUUAAUGGUGAUGAUGAUCUAUGGUGUAACAUUAUGAGAUGCAAGUAUAAGGUUGAGGAUAAUAGGGGAGUGUUGCAGGAAAAGAGAGUUAAUUCGAACAUGUGGAAGGCUAUCGUUAAAACGUCCCCUAACUUGAUAGAUGUAGGGCUCUGGCAUAUUGGUGAGGGGAACCACAUCCAUCCUUGGACUCAUAGCUGGACUGAUAGAGGCAAAAUUUUCAAAGAUUUUAACGUGGCUAUUCAUGUGGAGCUAGCUUACUACAAGCUUCGUGACUUGGUCGAUAUCGAUGGAAAGUGGAAUUGGAGUCUUAUGGCUUGGAUUCUGGAUGAUGUAAAGUUAAAGAUUACAAUUAUUCUUCCUCUGCUUACAGGAAGUGGUGUAGACAAGCUGAUCACGGCUAUAGAUGAAGAAGGUAAUUUUGCUAUUGGGCAUUUAUACAAAGAGCUUACUCAAGAUGGUAAUCUGGAGAGGAGUAAGGAGUGGAACCUAAUCUGUAGCUGCUUGUCCCAGAGAGAGUCAGGAGAUUCAUCUGGCUGUUGA